AAUCCUUCCGGACUGACGACAUGGAAACGCCGUCGUCACAAGGCGGGUGACCGAAGAAGCGUUGACCUACCGAUGCAUAUCGAGGAAAAUAGCCUGGGCAUUUUUCCUAUGGACGGCGAUGAUGUCGAGGUAGUUCCGUACGUGUUGCCGGACGAAGAGACUGACACCGAUGACGAAGUAAUGAACAAGCAUCACUUGUCGACUCAACAGCUAAAGCCUAAAGAUUCGCAGCUAGGCACCUCCCUGCCGAUCCUCAUUCCUGUGUAUCGACCGGUGCACGGUUGUUCCCGCGUGCAGGAGGUGAGCGACGAUGUUGGCAGCCCGGUGAGCUCCAAUGACGGCGACCACGGUCACUGUGUGGACGUCGCGGCCAGCAUUCAGGCGCUGGCACGUUCCAUCCAGGCGGCUGACGACCCCGAGAGACUCUUCGGAGAGCUUCCCCAACGCCGUCGCUGCACCAUCGACGAGGCUAAUCUGCCGCAGCGUUUCCACGCCGUCGGUCUGCAGUCGCACAUUGGUAUUUGA